AUGCUCGAGCAGGCCACUGGUUGGCUGCAGGUCAGCUUCACCAAGAUCCUCGCACUAUUCGCCGUCACCUGGCUGAGUUGGUUCGUCGUCUCAACUCUCAUAGCAUACAAUAAACUACGACAUAUCCCUGGACCUCCGUUGGCCGGCUUCACGAAUUGGUGGUGGAUCAAAGCUGCAAUCUCGGGCAAGGGACAUCUUGCCCUGAAACAUGCUUGCGAUCGUUAUGGAUCCAUUGCAAGAAUUAGCCCCGGCAUGGUGGUGACGGCGGAUCUAGAAUUGUACCGGAAGGCCAAUGCCAACAGGAUCAACGACUACUCCCGAGGCCUGUGGUACAAGGCAUUCAAGAUGGAUGCCGAGCGAGAAAAUCUUUUCACCGAGCUGAAUGACGAGAAGCACUCUGCGAUGCGUGCAAAACUUUCUCCGGGGUAUUCGGGCAAGGAUAACCCUGAAUGUGAGCCCAGUAUCGACCAGAUGGUCAUGGACGUUGUGCAUUUGAUCAAGCGGAAAUACCUCUCUGUGGGAUCCAACAUCAAGCCGCUGGACUGGGCUCAGCUAGCACAAUACUUCACGCUGGAUGUGAUUACAUACCUAUCCCUCGGGGAAGCAUUUGGCUUUGUCGCGGACGACGACGACAAGUAUACAUAUGUGAAGUCCAUGGAGGACAACUUUCCCAUCAUGAAUGUCUUUUCGGCAGUGCCGCUGUUGUCCACCAUCGCGAGAAUCCCAACGGUGCAAGCCAACCUUAUCCCUUCACCCAAAGAGAAGACCGGGCUAGGCAAGGUCAAAGCGGUUGCUCGGCAGAUUAUAGCUGGCCGUUUCUCUGGGGAGAAAGCAGGACGAUACGACAUGGUCACCUCGUUCAAGAACCAUGGCUUAUCAGAACUCGAGAUCUCGGACGAGUCGCUGUUCCAAUUGCUGGCAGGCUCUGACACAACCGCGACUAUCGUUCGUACUGGCUUCCUGUCAAUCUUGUCAAAUCCACAUGUGUACCGAAAGCUACAAGCCGAGGCAGCGGCAACAGAUAUACCCUUGGACAAGAUCAUCUCCUACUCUCAUGCGCUGAGACUGCCCUACCUGCAAGCUUGCAUCAAAGAGGCUCUGCGCCACCACCCAGCUGCAGCGGGCUUACUACCUCGAGUUGUGGGCGCACACGGUGAUACACACAACGGCGUCUACCUUCCUCCUGGCACCGAGGUCGCCUUUUGCGCCUGGAACUUGCACCGCCACAACACAGAGGUGUACGGCGCAGACGCCGAAAUCUUCCGACCUGAACGCUGGCUUGAGGCUUCUCCUGAGCGCUUGGCUGUCAUGGAAGAAGCACACCACCUCGUCUUCGGCAACGGCAGGUUCCGAUGCAUGGGCGAGAACAUUGCGAGGCUGGAGCUGAACAAAAUCUUCUUCGAGAUGAUCCGGAGGUUCGAUUUCAGCUUGGUUGACCCUGUCAAUCCGAUCAAGAAGAACACGAAUUACGGAUUGUUCGUGCAGAAGGGCAUGUUUGUUAGGGUGAGCGAACUGGAAAACUGA